AUGGUGGACCACACAGCUCAACGAGAAGAUGAGUGUAACAGAAAGCAAGGUAGUGUACGGUUACAGAGGGUGGAGAUUCACAGAGGUAGUCGGAGGGUUCAUGUGAUUAAUCACAUCUCUGAGUGUUUUUACUGGAAACAACUCGAGCUUCAGUAUCAACAUGAGUACAUCAUCAUCAGUACUAGCAUUGGCUUGACAGAAAACCCCAUGGUCAAUUUCUCUGGAGUUGUAGGAACACCCCUUCUUGAUCUUGGUACUGAUCUUUCUUACGACACUGCAUCCGGUAACCUCACCAAAUGCAAUGUUGGAGUGAGCUUCGCAAAUGCUGACCUGAUUGUUGUUGUCACUUUGCUCCUUGUUUUCUUUUGUCGAUGUGUUUUUUUUUUCAAUGCUUCUUACUGCCACAUUGACAGUCCCUUGACCUAUACAGAUGUUGGUUCCAAGCUUGCCCAUAGUUUCAGUACAAAUGAGAACACCUUGACCAUCGGUACCCGGAAAGCUUUGGACCCAUUGACUUCUGUCAAGGCUAGGAUCAACAACCAUGGUAAGGCAAGCGCUCUUAUCCAGCACAAGUGGAUGCCAAAGUCCCUCUUCAUCCUCUUAAUUAACCAACCGACGGUGAAUUAG